UUCAGAACGCUCUCUUAUAAGUUUAGAAUAGCCUAGUAACUAAUUAAAACUACUUUAAAAACGAAAACGAAACAACGCACAACAUUGAACGAUGAAUUUAGCAAUUAUUUAUUGAUUACUGAAAAAGUGCAGUUUUUAACGGCGUAGCUGGGUUAUAUUUUAAAAUUAUCAAGAUUAUAUAUUGAUGAUGUUAGUAAAAUGCAACUUUUUCAAAUCAAUAUUUACUGUAUUUUGCCUCGUUUAUGUCACUAAAGUCGAAGGUCAAACAACGCAAAUAACAACACCAACAAGAACAACAACAGAUUCUGUGUGCUUAAAUGAAUUUCAAUGCUUUAAUGGUGAAUGCAUUCCACUAAACUGGAAAUGUGAUCAUGACGAUGACUGUUCUGAUCUUUCAGACGAAGAUCCGUCUAUAUGUCGAACAACGGAAAAAAAAACACCAACAAGAACAACAACAUUUUCUGUGUGCUCAAGUGAUUAUUUUCAAUGCUCAAAUGGUAAAUGCAUUCCACUAAACUGGAAAUGUGAUGAUUACUAUGACUGUUCUGAUCAUUCCGACGAAGAUCCAUCUAUAUGUAGUCGAACAACGCAAAUAACAACACCAACAAAAACAACAACAUUUUCUGGUCAAAUAACCCAAUCGCCAACAAAAACACGAACAACGAAAACAGAAACAGUUUUUGGUCGAACAACGCAAAUAACAACACCAACAAGAACAACAGUGUUUUCUGUGUGUUCAAGUGAUCAUUUUCAAUGCUUUAGUGGUAAAUGCAUUCCACUAAACUGGAAAUGUGAUGAUUACUAUGACUGCUCUGAUCAUUCAGACGAAGAUCCAUCUAUAUGCGGUCGAACAACGGAAAUAACAACACUAACAAGAUCAACCACAUUUUUUGAGUGCCUAAGUAAUCAAUUUCAAUGCUUUAAUGGUGAAUGCAUUCCACUGUAUUUGAAAUGUAAUGGUUACUAUAAUUGUUUUGAUCGUUCAGACGAAGAUCCAUCUAUAUGUGAUCAAACAACGCAAUCUCCACCAACAACACCAACAACAAAAACAGCAACAGUUUUUGUGUGCGCUAAUGAUCAUUUUCAAUGCUCUAAUGGAAAAUGCAUUUUACGGCAUCGGAAAUGUAAUGGUGUAUUUGAUUGCUCUGAUUAUUCAGACGAAGAUCAAUAUACUUGUGAUCAAAAUACGCAAUCACCAUUAAUAGCACCAACAACAAGAACAAUAUCAAAUUUCGGUUUAUCAAGUGGUAUAAUUGCUCUUGUUUUAUUUGGCGUACUUUCUUUUCUUGUACUUAUAUUUAUUCAAUUUAGACGUAAAAAAAGAAUGCAACCCGGCAAUGUGCAAACGACAUCGGAAACUCUUAAUACAGUUCGAGAUCAAGUUCCAACCCAAGUUGAUCCUAACAAUCAGAUAGGAGUAUAUAACAUAUCUUACGUCAACGAACCACCACCUCCGUAUGAAACUACAUUGCAAAUGUGCACACCAUUUAAUAAUCACACUGAUGAGCCUCCUCCAAGUUACUACGAUUUACAUGUAAACUUGAGAUAAUAUUCAUUGAAUAGUUUUAACACACCUUCUUAAAGCUGAACAGUUUUUUUAAAAAUUUUAUAUGGUAUUGUCAUAAUUACUAUUUAUAUAAUACGAACUAAAAAAAAAAUAUUUUAAUGCGUUACAAUUUAAAAAGGUUUUCCAGAAAAACGCGCUGCUAAAUU